UUCUCCCCCCCCCUCGUCGGAGACUGCUUCCCCCCAUCCAAUUCGUUUUUUGUUUGCGUCCGCCUGGACUCAUCCGGCAAAAGUGUCUGGCACAACCUAAGAGAGCCAGUUCACAGCGCGAAAGCUCCCGCCUCAAUGGAUCUGCUAGCUCAAUUCAUCCCACCGGCUUUCCAGCCCGUCGUGGAACACCUUCAGACCCAGGGGCCGCUACUGGGCGCCGCGCUGCUCUCGCUCGGCGCGGUGUAUCUUGGUUACCUCUACAUCCUCAGCCAGAAGGAGGCUGCUGUCUCGUUCAAUGUCCCGAUUCCGGCGGAGGUUCGGGCCAAUUGGGAGGGGAAGAAGUGGGAUCAGCUUGAGGGAGAAGGGAGGAGAGUGAUUGAGGGGCAGGUCCGGGGGCAAUGGAACGACAACCUGAUUAUGAGCUAUUGUCCUGCCGACGGAAGAGUCCUCGGCUCUGGUAUCAAACCUGCGACCCCGGACGAUGUCGAUCGAGCGAUCCAGGCUGCGACGAAAGCACAGGUUGAAUGGGCGAAGACCAGUUUCGCUGACAGGAGGAAGGUUUUGCGGACUCUGCUGAAAUACGUCCUCGACCACCAAGACGAACUUGUGACCGCCUGCUGCCUGGAUUCUGGGAAGACCAAAGUCGAUGCCUCGUUCGGAGAAAUCCUGGUGACCACCGAGAAGCUCAAAUGGACCCUCGACCACGGUGAAAAGGCCCUGACGCCGGAAUCGCGCCCUACGAAUUUCCUCAUGAUGUACAAGAAGAACAUGGUGACCUACGAGCCGCUGGGGGUGGUCUCAGCCUGCGUUUCCUGGAACUACCCCUUCCACAACUUCAUCUCGCCGGUGAUCAGCGCCAUCUUCGCAGGCAACGGCAUUGUCGUGAAACCGUCCGAGCAAACCGCCUGGUGCACGAACUUCUUCCUGGAGGUCAUCCGCGGCGCUCUGACUAGCUGCGGCCACCCCCGCGAGCUGGUCCAGAGCGUUGUCUGCUUGCCCCGUGUGGGUGACUACCUGACUUCUCACCCUGGUAUCUCCCAGCUCACCUUCAUCGGCUCCCGACCCGUGGCGCACAAAGUCUGCGAAUCCGCCGCUAAGGCCCUGACUCCGGUCACCGUCGAAUUGGGCGGCAAGGACCCAUCGCUCAUCCUGGACGACGCGCGCACGGUGAGCGAGCUGCCCGCCAUAGCCUCGAUCCUCAUGCGGGGCGUCUUCCAGUCCGCGGGCCAGAACUGCAUCGGCAUCGAACGCAUCGUCGCCCUCCCCGGCGCCUACGACCGCCUGCUCGAAAUCGUCUCCACGCGCAUCGCGAACCUCCGCCUGGGAUCCGUCCUGCUAUCUGCCCAGGGCGCCCCGGACGUUGGCGCCAUGAUCUCCCCAGCCUCUUUCGACCGAUUGGAAACCCUGAUCAACGACGCCGUCAAACAGGGCGCCCGGCUGGUCUGCGGCGGGAAGCGGUUCGCGCACCCCAUUCACCCACUAGGUCACUACUUCACACCCACGUUGCUGGCGGACGUCACGCCGGCGAUGCGCAUCGCGCAGGAGGAGCUCUUCGCGCCGGUGUUCGUGCUGAUGCGGGCAACCUCGGUGCCGCACGCCAUCGAGAUCGCCAACUCGACCGAGUACGGCCUCGGGGCCAGCGUCUUCGGCUACAACCAGCGGGACAUAGUGCGGUGCAUCAAGGAGAUCCGGUCGGGCAUGGUCUCAGUCAACGACUUCGGCAGCUACUACGCGGUGCAGCUGCCCUUCGGCGGCGUCAAGGGAUCGGGCUACGGCCGGUUCGCGGGCGAGGAGGGCCUCCGCGGCGUGAGCAACCUCAAGGCCGUGUGCGUGGACCGGUUUCCGAAGUUGAUGGCGACGAGGAUCCCACCGCGCGUGGACUAUCCGAUCAAUAAGGGCGAGGGGCCGCGCGAGAAUGGCACGGGGGCGUGGGAGAUGUGUAAGGGAGUGGUGGAGACGGGGUAUCAGAUUACGUUGGCCGGGAGGGUGAAGGGGAUUGUGCGGCUGUUGGGCAAUAUGUAGGGUAGGGUAGGGUGUAUCCACUGUACGAUAAGGAGG